AUGACGGCCACGACAGAGAAUUCCCAGGAGGUGAACCUCCAUGUGGACUAUGUGAUCCAUUACAGCUUCGGGGACACAGAUAAACCACAAGCCAUUGAACAGCUCGAGAAGCUGCUCCAGUCACUCGCCCAGGUUGGUUUGCAGGCAGAGGUCCGUCAAGGCGAUGAAGUGUCCCUGCUGGUCUUUGUGAAAGCUUCCGAGAAGCGCUUGAAGCGGGCGGUGUAUCGGUCGCGAGUACGCGACUGGCUCUAUGGUAUUCGCAAUGUCGAGCCUACGCCGUCGAACUCGACAGAGCCCCAGACGGAGGCUGAGCGCUUGCGGGUCAUUCAUCAUAUGAUGACGCUUCCUCGCGAGGAAGGUGGUGCGGCGAUUACACCUGGUCAUGGGCAGUGGAAGAAUGUUUCUGCUCUUUUCCCGCUUCAUGAUGUUGAAACAAAUAACAAGUGGAUGAGGGAGUGGAGUCAGAAGACUUUCCUUUCUGAAGAUGAUUUGGAUCAGAUUAGGAAUAAGUUUGGAGAGAGUGUUGGUUUCUAUUUCUCGUUCCUGCAGUCCUAUUUCCGCUUCUUGAUUUUCCCAGCUGUGUUUGGAUUCUCAUGCUGGUUCCUUCUUGGCGGGUUCUCCAUUAUCUAUACAGUGGUGAACUGCCUUUGGUGUAUUAUCUUCGUGGAAUACUGGAAGCGCCAGGAGGUGGAUCUGAGCUGCAGAUGGGAGACUAAGAAUGUCUCUGCUGUUCAAACCAAGCGGCGAGAUUUCAAGCCCGAGAAAGAGGUCUGCGAUCAGAGUACUGGUGAGAUGCACGGCGUCUUCCCGGCAACCAAGCGUAUGCAAAGACAGCUACUUCAGAUCCCCUUUGCUCUGGUCGCGGCAAUCGCUCUUGGCGCCAUUAUUGCAACGUGUUUUGCUAUUGAGAUUUUCAUCUCAGAGCUUUAUAAUGGGCCUCUGAAGACAUACUUGAUCUUCAUUCCCACCAUUCUUGUAUCGGCGCUUGUUCCAACUAUGAGUGCGAUCUUGACGUCGGUUGCAACGAAGCUCAAUGAUUACGAGAACCACGAGACAAACAACGCCUAUGAUGUGGCAUUGACCCAGAAGAUCUUUGUGAUCAACUUUAUCACGUCAUAUCUUCCAAUUUUCCUGACGGCCUUCGUGUACGUGCCAUUCGCCAGUCUGAUUGUUCCUUAUCUCGACGUCUUCCGCUUGACAGUCCGUCCUUUCGUAUCCAAGGAGCACGCCGUCACAAAGGAAUCGCACUUCCAGAUAGACCCUGCUCGUCUCCGCAACCAAGUCAUCUACUUCACUGUCACAGCACAGAUUGUUGGCUUUGCUAUGGAGACCAUUGUUCCCUUUGUUAAGCAACACGCGCUUCGCAAAUAUAAGAAGUAUAACAAGGAGCGGAAUGGCAAGGCGGAGCGCAACGGCGACAAAGAUUCCCCCGAGCGACCCGCAGUGUCAUACGAUGACCCGGCCGAGGAAGUGAAGUUCCUCACGCGCGUACGUAACGAGGUCGAGCUUUCUGAGUACGAUGUAACCGACGAUUUGCGUGAGAUGUGUAUCCAAUUUGGAUACCUGGCCCUCUUCUCACCCACUUGGCCACUUGCUCCACUCUCUUUCUUCGUGAACAACUGGGUAGAGCUUCGCUCCGAUUUCUUCAAGAUCUGCAUGGAAUUCCGCCGCCCGAUUCCACUUCGCACCGACACUAUUGGCCCUUGGCUGGAUAGCCUCGGUUUCCUCUCGUGGGUAGGAAGCAUCACUAGUGCAGCCCUAGUCUAUAUGUUCAGCGGCAACGCCUCACAUGGACCGAACGGCGAGCCGACAGAUAUAAAGGGCUGGGCCUUACUCCUGACAAUCUUCUUCGCGGAACACCUCUACCUGAUCGUGCGGUAUGCCGUACGAGCCGCCAUGGUUCGUCUGGAACCUCCAAACUCUCGUAAGGAACGUGGCGAGCGUUACCUCAUGCGCAAGCGGUAUUUGGAAUCCACACUACACGCUGAAACAGAUGAUGAGAAGGAUGACGGCGAGGGCAUUGCCGUGCCUGACUCAUCUUCCAUUUCACGCGCUUCUCUUGAAGAUGAUGCCCGGCAUGCGUCUUUGCAUGGUGUUGACCCGGCGGACCGGUUUUGGAUGCAUCAGCACGGCUGGGCCGAGUCAGCUAAGAUUGGUGCUGGGAUUAUCCACGCUCAGCCCGUCAAGAACAACGUGAAGAAGCAGCAGUAG